AUGACCCAGGCGACUGGAAUUCGGGGCAAACUCGCUACCCCUUUCGGUACUAACUCAACCACCAACACCCCUCUCCGCUGUUUAUGGGCCUUCCAAAAAUGGUUACCGACCAGUAAUACAUAUGGCUGGAGCGGAUACACAAUCCCCCAGCCCACUGGCGCCCUGGGUAAUAACGGCCCCCUUAUCUCAACACAAUCAUCUUGCAACGUCUGGAGUACCAAUGACUUCGUUCCAGAUCCCCUUACCGAAGCCAUCCCAGACUCCCCUUAUUCAACCAUUGAGACCAGCGAGACCAACAUCACGGCGCAACACUCUUUUGCCUUCAACUCUGACCAGCUAACAGCCGGUUCCUUGUGCCCCCCGGCACCUCUCACCCAGAUUGAUCCCUCUUCCUCUGUCGCUCACACCUUGCUGGUUCCUCUCGAUCCCCUCUUCUCUAUCUCAGAAAAAGAGCUUGAAUCCGAGCUUGGACAGAGUCGAUCAGGUUGCGGGUGGGAGAACUGGGAGCGUCACCUCAUCAUAUCUGAGUUGCUUGGGCCCAAUGCGCCCAAGCUUCUAAUCUUGAAACUGAUGGACAUUCCGCUCAAAGUACGCCCCAAUAUACCCCAGUGUACAGAUCCAUACCUUACUCGGCUAUCAAAGGUCACGUUUCGCGGCUCCCGUUCAGUAACAGCAAUAGCAAACCAGAUUUGGAUCCUUAUUGAAACUUAUACGGAGAUAAUCGACUUUGCACAACAGGCAGGAAUUAACCUCGAGGCACCCAAAUUUCACAACCCCAAGGCUCUCAUCCACAGCAUUGUUGAAAUGUGGAAGCAAUGCGUACCCUUGGGCGGGAAUUGGGCUUCCGCCAGAUCUAAGGGGCUACAAGCUAUCGAUAUUGUCAUUUGGACCCACGAUCCCCCCCGUAGUUGGUUUUCGAUGACAUUUAGCCGCCUCAAGGAGGCUGGUAUAUUACAACCUUGGCGUGGCAAAUCCGUCCAGCGUGCUCCAUCCACCCCUUCACAACAGCUCCCUUCAAUGAGCUGCAAUCGAGGCAGACAAACCCAAGGUAAUAGUAGCGAUUUUCCCCUCUGCCUCUGCCUUUCCCCAUGUAGCACGACUAGUCCCACUGAUUCACCCACUAUUACAGCUCGCUCUGUUCAUACCCCCGGGCCCUCAGAGCCCUCCGAGCAAAUGCAGAGGCCUUUGGCCCCCACUUCCCCGAGCUUUCCGGCAUCCCCAGCGUCUCCGGCGCCCGAAGCUGAGCGAUCUUCACCUCAACCUCACAGUCCCCAUACCACUACCCCAGGGAGUCCUCACGCACAGAACAUGUUACGUGAGCAACACGCAAUUGCCUCUGCGUCGGUUUCAUUGGCCCAUGCCCAGGCUGAAUACAUGCAUGCGCGCACGCUACAAACUCGUACCAAUGUCCUGCAACAGUUGCUCGGGUUAGAGCAACAAGAACGAGCAUUGCGACUAAAAGUUGCAAUGGAUGUCAUCCGUAUUACCGAAAGCAACGAUGUUACUCGUAGUGCCGCCCAAUCGUGGAUAAAUCAAACGUUUUUUACGAGCCACCCUUCAGACGACUUUACCCGAUUCGCUACGGCCUGGAAAGCGGAGCUUGCGCUGAAGCCGAAUUAUUUCGGAGGGGACUCGAUUUGCCAUGCCUCAUCUCCCCAAUACUCUCCCCUUGGUGACAUGAUAGCUUCUGGAUCAAAAGACCAAACUAUACGCCUAUGGAACGCGAGCACCAACCAGCAAAUAGGCGGGCCAUUAACAGGACAUCAUGGCAACAUUAACUCGGUUGUUUUUUUGCCCAAGGGCAAUUUAAUUGCCUCUGGAUCCGACGAUAAAACUAUUCGGUUGUGGGACACACAAAAAGGAAUGCCCGUUUCUGAGCCACUACUAGGUCAUUCUCAUCUUGUUUGCUCGGUGUCAUUUUCUCCGGAUGGCGCUCGCAUCGCUUCUGGAUCGUACGACAAGACCAUACGCAUCUGGGACAUCGAACGCAAAGUCACCAUUGUUGGGCCUCUCCAAGGACAUACAGGGGAGAUUGAAUCGGUCUCAUUCUCUCCAGACGGACCUUAUCUCGUCUCCGGCUCGGAUGAUAAAACCCUCCGUGUUUGGGAUAUUCGUGCCGGAAGGAUGGCUGGCAAGCCGUAUGAAAGCUAUCUUGAUUGGGUUAUGUCCGUCGCUUUCUCUCCGAAUCGUAACUAUGUUGCUUCUGGUUCCCUUGAUCACACAAUUCGCAUCUGGGACAUAAGAACUAACUCGCCGGUGGAUGAGCCUCUCCAAGAGCACAGAGAGGGCGUAUAUUCAGUGUCGUUCUCGCCCUGCGGUAGACGUAUAGCUUCGGGCUCGUCGGACAAGAAGGUUUUGAUAUGGAAUACGCCAAACCAUGAUACAUAUGCAGAUUCGAGUUUCGAUUACGGGAAUGUGCAGAUGGAUAGAGGUGUUGCCAAAAGGCCUGGGGCGGUAGGCAUGGAAGUAAUCAAUCAGCAUUCACAUGGUUGCACCGAUCUUAGUUCGAAGAUGGACACGACCCGAGAGGACAUUGUGAAUAUGACUGGGGGAGGGUUUGGUGAUAUUUGGAAAGGCGAAUUGCAGGAUGGAACUAUUAUUGCGAUUAAAACUUGGAGAUCCUCCGUAAUCGAGCAGUUUGAUUAUAAAACACUCAAGCGCGCCGCUCGUGAAGUACACUUUUGGUCGAGAAUGCGCCAUACCAACGUUCAUGAGCUCAUGGGUGUAGUUAUCUUCAAGGACCGUUUUAUUGGUAUGGUCUCCGAGUGGAUGGAAAAUGGCAAUAUCUAUGAAUAUACACGAAGGAACCCUCAGAUCAAUCGAUUUCAGAUGUGCGCUCAAGUUGCAUCAGGACUUGAUUAUAUGCACAAAAUUGAUGCGGUGCAUGGGGACCUUAAAGGGCUAAAUGUUCUCGUAUCUUCAGAUGGCGUGGCUAAACUCGCGGAUUUUGGGUUGUCAACAAUGGCGGAGAGUAGCCUUGAAUUUUCCGAGACGAGUAGCUCGCAAGCUGGAUCUAUUCGAUGGGCGGCCCCGGAAUUGUUAUCCACCGAGUCACCCAAAAGCAAACAAUCAGACGUAUAUGCGCUUGGGAUGACAAUGCUCGAGAUUGUGACCGGGAGUGUACCUUACGCCCAAUGCCAAAGGGACUUCAGUGUUAUGAAGUUAGUAGAACAAGGGGUGCUCCCUAUUCGUCCAACAGACCGACUCCAAGCUGACGAGUUUGGGGAUCGGAUGUGGAGCCUUCUUUAUGCCCACUAUUUUACUCCAGGCUUACUGGCCCCUUACUACUCGCCAGAUGGGCAGAAAGGUAUCAUAUACUCCGUUGCGUUCUCCCCAGAUGGUAAAUCGGUCGUGUCCAGCUCCUCAGACAAGACUAUUUGUGUAUGGGACGCGGACACUGUGUUUCCGAGGGACAAACUAUGGAAAGGGCACACUUCUGCAGUCACUUCAGUGUCGUACUCAUCCUUGGGAGAUAUUGUAGCUUCUGGUUCCUGGGACAGCACUGUUCGGCUAUGGGAUGCGAUCACUGGCCGAGAGGUCGACGAGCCCUUGAAGGGACCUGACGCUGAUAUCAACUCGAUUGCCUUUUCUCCAAGCGGAAAUCUCCUUGCUACUGGUUCCGACGAAAAUACUGUCCGGCUAUGGGACCUACGUAAUAUGAGCUCAGUUGCCAGUUCACUCAAAGGGCACUUCUACUGGAUCACCUCCGUCGUGUUCACACCCGACGAGGCACGGAUUAUUUCUGGCUCAUAUGACAAGACAAUACGUAUAUGGGAUAUUGAGCGCGAGACAACAGUUAUUCAGCUGAUAGGGGAGCAUACACAGGGUGUUCGAUCGGUGGAUAUUUCUCCUGACGGCUCCCAGAUUAUUUCCGGCUCUGAUGAAACUGCUCUACGACUUUGGGACUCUCAUACUGGGGCCAUGAUUGGCAAUCUAUUUGAGGGUCAUACUCGUUGGGUUUCUUCUGUUAAUUUCUCUCCCAAUGGGAUCUACGUUGCCUCCGGUUCUGAUGAUAAAACAGUCCGUAUCUGGGAUGUUCGAAUGUGUCGCCAGGUAGGUGAACCUUUCAAAGAACACACGGACACCGUAACCUCGGUUGCAUUUUCGCCUUGCGGGAGACUCAUUGCGUCUGGCUCAUACGAUCAGACGGUCAAAAUACGGAAUAUCAUACCGGGUGACUUUAAUUUAAAUUCAAGCAAUGAAUUCGACACCAGACAUAAAGAUGACUGUGUGCAUGAAGUCGGGGUCCCGGAACCCAUUAGCCAGUACAUGUCAAUUCAAGAUAUGUUCAGUCUUCUCACAAAACAUGGCUGUACCGAUCUCUCUUCAGAAUUGGACAACAGUCAAGGUACUGCGAUCUUGGUAUCUGGGGGAGGUUUUGGCGACAUUCGAAAGGGGAAGCUACGCAAUGGGAGCAUGAUCGCAAUUAAAACAUGGCGAGCGUCUCUGAUAGAGCAAUGUGACUACAAAAUUCUCAAGCGUGCUACGCGAGAAAUCUAUUACUGGUCAAAAAUGAAACACGAAAACAUUCAUGAACUAAUGGGAAUGGUUAUAUUUAUGGGUCAAUCUCUUGGUAUGGUGUCGGAAUGGAUGGAGAAUGGCAACCUGCACGAGUAUCUUCGAAGGAAUCCUGGAGCUGAUCGCUAUCAAUUGUCAAUGCAAGUCACAUCCGGUUUGGAAUACCUUCAUAGCUAUAGUAUGACUCAUGGCGAUGUUAAAGCUCUAAACGUUCUAGUAUCAUCCAAUGAGGUUGCUAAGCUUACCGACUUUGGAUUAUCAGCCAUGUCUGGGACUACCAUUGCUUUCUCCGAGACAACCAAUUCACAGGCUGCAUCUACUCGGUGGGCCGCUCCGGAACUGUUGCUAGAAGGGGCACUAAAAACUGAAAAAUCAGAUGUGUACGCUUUGGGAAUGACUAUUCUUGAGAUUAUCACUGGGGAAGUUCCUUAUUCACAAUGUCAACGGGAUUAUCAAGUUAUAACAAAAGUACUUCAAGGAACCCUUCCUGAAAGACCGACAGAACAACUCAAGGAAGAUAGUUCUGGGAAUCAAAUAUGGGAGCUGCUAUUAAAAUGUUGGGAUCGGGAUCCUGAUGCUCGGAAAUCAGCAAAAGAGGUGGCAGAAUUUCUGGCUUCUGUACAAACGGUGAAGGUCUAA